UCCGUUUCCUCUCGUGCGAUUUGCUCUCUCUCUCUCUCUCUCUCUCUCUCUCGAUUCGACCCUCUUCGAGCUUCUCCUCCUCCGUACACGCGCAGCAAAACCCUAGGGCGUGCUCCUCUCAUCGUCCCCAUCGGCGAUCGAAAACCAGAUACUUCGUGAUGCUCAAGUAGGAAGGAGGAUCUUCGGAUCCUUUCUGUGAAUUCGAGUCCUUUCUGCGGAGGCUGAAGGUAAGCUCGAUUUGGGGGGCGGGAGAGCCAGGAGGAGCGGGUGAGUAAAUGGAAGCUGAGCUUGCUCUGGAUCCGGGGGGAGAUGCUUCGGGAGGUGGUGAAUCAGUUGAAAGAGGGGGCGAAGAGAUCGACGGAGGAGUAAUUGUGAUGCCCGAUGUGGAUCGGAAGCAGGAAAUGCGCGGUGGUGAGGAGGAAAGCGUGGAUCAUCAAGGGAACAGUGGUGGGAUUGAGGGUUUGGGGAGUGGAAAUGGGGCGGAAGUAUUGAGAGAAGGAGUUGAAGGUUCUUCGGAUAAGGAGGCGAGCUCAAAGAGUCAAGAUGCGGAUACUACUGCAGCAGUAGAUGCUGAAGAGAUGGAUGGAGUGGAAGAUGUUGGCAAAGAUCAGGUUUUGGAUGUUGGUGAGGGAAGGGGGCACGUGGAGGAAGACGAGCCUCAUCGGGAAGAUGGACCAAGUACAGCAGAUGAUGCUAUCGAAGGUAAUUCAGCUGAGGGGCAUGCUCAAGACUUAGAGUGCACUGUCGAUGUGCAAAACAUGGGAGGGAAAGGUGAGCAGGUUGUUCAUCAGGGGGGAGAAAGGGAUAGAAUGCAAGAUGUUGGUAAUGACCAUGUCGAGGUUUCUGAGGGUGGCAAUGGAAGUGAGAGAAAGGAGGAAGAUCAGUCUUGUCAGGAAGACAAACCGACCACUUCAAAUGAUGUUGUGGAAGGUGGUUUAAUGGAGAAGCAUGCUCGAGAUUCAGACGGCAAUUUGGGUGUACAAAAUCUGGGACAGAUAGGUGCGCGGGAAUUGGAUAGAGUACGAGAUAUUGCUGAAGACCAUGCUGAUCCUUCUCAGGUAGUUGAUGUAAGUGUGCCAAUGGAUGAAGAUGAAGCUCGUCAAGAAGACCGAUCCUUUGCAGCAAAGAAUCAAAGCACUGACGACAAAGUGAUGGAGCAAGCUGGGCCUUUGCAAGAUGCUGAGGGGCCCCAGGAGUGGGAGGAACACAAGGAAACUAGUAAUGAUGAGAAGGUGAAGAAUGAUUCUCUUAUAGCUUAUGGUGGUGUUGAAGCUGAAAGAUUGGAAGGUUUGGCAGAUGAAGCAGGAGUUCAGGUUGCUGUUGCAGAGAUUAAUACUGAGGGCAACCUCAUUAGUGAAGGAACAUCUUUCACUGGAAAUGAAAAUAGUAUGGAAAUCGAAGCAAUGGACCAAAAUUUGGUCGAGGGGCACCUUAUUGCUACAGAGACUCUGGACGAAGCUCAGCUGAAAGCAGCUGAAACCCAUGAUGCUACUAUUGCCUUGGGAGAAGCAGAAGCUGGAGGGUCGGAAGGCAUGUGCAGCUUGAGAGAAGUUGGAGAUGGAAUUCCGGAUAAGAGCAAUGAUACUGUAUUUGCUAAGGAUGGUGGAUCUUUUGCAUUGAGAGAUGGUAGGAUGGAGAAUGAGGUGAUAAGCCAUGAUACAACUGGUGGGCAUUUUCAAACUUCAGAAGGUUCUGGAGGCAGCAGUAAGAACCAGUCAAUUGUUGUGGAGUCUACCUCAACCACUCAGGGAAUGGUGGAAGAUAAGAUUUUGGAAAUUAAUCAGGAAAAUCAAACAACGGUAAUGACUGGGGAAUCUGAGCAUUAUGGGUCUAUUCCAAGCAACGAUCAAAACAGAGAUGAUAAAGCUUCUGUUUCAGGAAGUUCCAUGGUGGACAAAGAUCAGAGUGAUCUCAAAGCCGACCUCAGUAAUAAUGGGAAAGAAGUCGAAAAUGUGGCUUCACUUCCAGCUGAUGUCAAUAUUGUUGAUCAAUUUAGUCAGGCUAGGAAAGAUUCAGCUAAUCCACUUGCAGAGUGUGCAAAUUUACAUCAGAAAACAGUAAAUAAAAAUCUUUCAGAAGUUACAGAUAUUCCACUUAGCAGCGAGCAAAGUCGAGACAUGGAUGGAAGCAAAGAUGAGCCAGUGGUGAGUCAACCUAUUAUUGCAACAGAAGAGGUUUCAGAUAGAGAGGCCAUGGAUAUAGAUGAACAGAGCACGAAUUCACAUCUACUUGUUGGGACUGUUAGGGACAAAGUGGCUUCUGUUACUGCAGAUGAGCAUUCAGAUGUUAAAGAAGACACAAUUGUGACUGUGUCAUUCUUGGCCGGUGGCAGUGAGAAAGGUAAUUCUGAGACUGAAGUAUCAAAUGUGGCUGGAGGUAAUUCUGAGACUGAAGCAUCAAAUGUGGCUGGGCAAAUUAAUGCGCUAAAAACUGGACUUUCUGAAGUUGAGACAGUUGUACUGGAAAAGGAAUGCGGUGAACUUCCAGUUGGUGAGACUCAGGAGUCAAAAAAUCAUGAAUGUUCGGUGGCUGAUCAGAUCUCUUGUAUAAAUCCUAUUGAAGUAGAGCCGCAGCUUUUUAAUGAAGAUAAAACCCAAGUACUUGGGCUCCAUGAUGUAGAUUUUAGUCAGAAGUCAGAAGGUGGUCAAGGCGAAGAUAAUCAACAUUUGGAAAGAACAGAGGAACAAACAGAAAAGUCUGCGAUAUCUUCAACAGACAGCAGUCAACAUGCUAAAUACUACCUACCUCCUGUUGAUAGGGAUGCUUUUGCAGUUUCUGAUCUUAUCUGGGGUAAAGUGAAAAGCCAUCCUUGGUGGCCUGGCCAAAUCUUUGAUCCUUCUGACGCUUCUGAAUUGGCAUUGAAAUAUCAGAAAAAGGAUACCUUUUUGGUAGCUUACUUUGGAGAUAAAACUUUUGCUUGGUGUGAUGAAUUCCAGUUAAAGCCUCUUCAUACAAACUUCUCGCAGAUGGAAAAGCAGAGUACUUCAGAUGCAUUUAGGAAUUCAAUCAAUAGUGCUCUAGAAGAAGUCUCGAGACGUGUGGAGUUGGGAAUGGCUUGCUUCUGCUUGCCUGAAGAGUUUUAUGCUGGCAGUAAAUAUCAAAAGGUUGAGAAUGCAGGGAUCCGAGGAGGCAUUUAUAACUGUGUUAUUGACAAGUCUAGCAUUAUGAGUUAUUUUCAACCUGACAGGCUUCUUGAUUAUGUCAAGUCGCUAUCUCAAAUCCCAGAUCAAGGGGCUGAUGAACUGGAACUGGUGAUAGCUAAGGCUCAGCUAAAGGCCUUCUAUCAAUCAAAGGGCUAUCCUGAACUUCCUACAUUCUUAAUUGGUGGACCAUUGGUGGAGAAUGAUACUGAACCAGAAUUAGUUGAAGCUACCAUUGAUGGAUCUAGUCCAGCUCUCACAGAUAUGGAAUCUGUUAAGCCAAAGAGAGGCAGAGGGAGACCCCCCAAGAAACAAAAGAAUAUUGUGUCUGAGUUGAUGGAAGAGAAAAAUGCUAUUAGUCAUGUGAAUGGUGGCAAAAUUGAAUCUGGAAGUGCAGUUGAUGACGAAUUGGCAUCUCUUUCUUCUGGAAAGAAACGUAAGCAGAUUGACUUUGAUUAUGUAGACCCAGAAAAACAUAAAGCAAAAAAGGUUGAUUUGUUAGAAGAUAUGGAGACCAAAUCUGCAUCUCCAACGUUUGGCAGCUCUUUUAAAGUUGGGGAGUUCAUACGUCGAGCUGCAAGCCACCUGACAGGUGCUCCACCUAUUUUAAAGUUACAUGGUGAAACAAUUCAGAAGAGUGUUACCAAGGUUGAUGAUGGUAAAUUUGACGUUUUCAGUACUGAUGAUUCUACUCAUCCUGUAGUGGAGAGGCGAAAGAGAAAGUUAAGCAACUCAAAGGACUAUGCUUCCCCAGAAGAACUGUUGUCACAGCUCUGUUUGGCUGCAAGUGAUCCUACAGAAGAAUAUGAUUUUUCGCCAACAAUUAUUUGUUUCUUCACUGAUUUCAGAGACUUCACAUGUACAGUUUCUUCUGAAGAUGAAAAGCAUGCUCAGAAAGCAGGAGGUAAGAGGGGGAGAAAAAGAAAGGUUGAUUCCCAGUUAGCCAUUUCUGAGUCAUCUGUGACUGAUCAUAUGCAGGAUUCUUACUGGUCUGAUUUGAUAAAUGAUAGCAGCCCCCUUAUUGCCCUUAAGAGAAGAGAUGAAGCUCAUUUACAAAGGCGUAGGAGGAGAAAGUCUUUAGGGGAAACAUCACCGUCUCUUUCACAUCUGCAAGCAGGAAACGUUAGUCCUAGCCUGAAACAGGUGCUGGCAACAGACAGGUCAGUUGUUACUGUGGAAGAAAAAAUCGUUGACGAGUGUACUCCAACUGCUCUGUUUUUGAGUUUCAGUAAGUCAAAUGCUCUUCCUUCUGAGACCGAUCUCAUUAGAAUUUUUAGUCGCUAUGGACCUCUUAGAGAAGCAGAAACAGAAGUGCAAAUGAAGCUAAACCGUGCUAAAGUGAUCUUCAAGAGGCGUGCUGAUGCAGAGAUAGCUUUUAGUAGUGCUGGAAAAUAUAGCAUCUUUGGGCCAUCUCUUAUCAGUUAUCGGCUUCGGCAUUUGCCAUUAUCACCUGAUAUUUCUCCAAGCAUGACGCUACAAGGCGAAAACAGUGCAAUACUUGGCGAUGUUGACAAUUUGGAGGUUCCUGCUCCUGAAGAGACUAGAGUUGUGUCAGAAACUGUGCAACUUGAAGCUGUGGGAGAAGGAUCAGUAGAAAAAUUGACAGAAAUGAAUGCACAAACAUCAUCCAACUUUGUGUUAGCUCUGGAAGACACUGUUGUUGAGUCAGAUGCUAUGCAGCUUGAAGCUGUGGAUGAAGGUUUAGUUGAGAAAUAUGUUGAAAUGAACCAGCAAACUUCAUCCAACUCUGUCAUAGCUCUACAAGAGACUGGAGUUGAUUCAGAUACUAUGCAAAUUGAAACUGUCACUGAAGAAUCAAUGGGUAAAUCCACCGAAUUGAAUGAGCAAAUAUCAUCCGAUUUUGUCUUACCCGUGGAAGAGACUGGAAUCGAAUCAGAUACUAUGCACUUUGAAGCUGUAGGUCAAGGAUUGGCUGAGAAAUCCAGUGAAAUGAAUGAGCAAACAUCAAACUUAGCUCUAGAAGAGACUAGAGUUGAGUCAGAUACACCGCAACUUGAAACUGUCGGUGAAGGAUUGGUAGAGAAAUCCAUUGAAAUGGAGGGGAAUAGUAUAUUAGUUCUAGAGGAGACUAGACUUGGGUCAGAUGCUAUGCAGCUUGAAGCUGUUGGUGAUGGUUUAGUUGAGACAUCUGCAGAAACAGGCGAGGAAACAUCAUCCAAUUUUGUCUUAACUCUAGAAGAGUCUAGAGUUGAUGCAGAUGCUAUGCAUCUAGAGGCUGUCGCUGGAGGAUCAGUAGAGAAAUCCGCUGAAAAGAAUGAGCAGCCAUCAUCCGAUGUAGUCAACGAGACUAAAUUUGAGUUAGAUACUAUGCAGAUUGAAGAAGCUGUUGCUGAAGGAUUGGCUGAGAAAUUCAGUGAAAUGAAGGAGCAAGCAUCAAUUUUAGCCCCAGAGGAGACAAGAGUUGACUCAGAUGCUAUGCAACUAGAGGCUCUUGCUGAAGGAUCAGUAGAGAAACCGACUGAAAUGAAUAAGCAAACAUCGUCUGACUUAGUCUUAACCCUGGAAGAGACUAAAGUUCAAACAUCGUCUGACUUAGUCUUAACCCUGGAAGAGACUAAAGUUGAGUCAGAUACUAUGCAGCUUGCAGGAGCGAUUGGUGAAGGAUCGGCUGAGAAAUCCAGUGGAGUGAAUGAGCAAACAUCAAUCUUUGUGGAAGAGUCUAAAGUCGGGUCAGAUACUGUGCAACUUGAAGCUGGGGGUGAAGAAUCAGUAGAGAAUUCUGCUGAAAUGAAGGAGCAUAGUGUCUUAGCUGUAGUUGAGACUAGAGUUGAGCCAGAUUCUCUGCAACUUGAAGCUGCAGGUGAAGGCUUGGUUGAGAAAUCUGGUGAACUGAAUGAGCAAAAAUCAUCAGAUUUUGUCUUAGCUAUGGGAGAGACCAGAGUUGACUCAGAUAUGUUAAUCGAAGCUGUCGCUGAAGGACCAGCUGACAAAUCCAUUGAAGCAAAGCAGCAAACAUCACCCAACAUUCCCUCAACUCUGGAAGAGACCACAAUUGGGUCAGAUACUAUACAACAUGAAGCUGUGGAUGAAGAAUCUAUUGAAGCAAAGCAGCAAACAUCAUCCAAUAUUCCCUCAACUCUGGACAAGACCACAAUUCAGUCAGAUUCUAUGCAACAUGAAGCUGUGGAUGAAAUCACAAUUGAGUCAGAUAUGCAACAUGAAACUGUGGAUGAAGAAUCCAUUGAAGCAAAGCAGCAAACAUCAUUCAACAUUCUCUCAACUCUGGAAGAGACCACAACUGAGUCAGGUACUAUGCAAUGUGAAGCAGUGGAUGAAGGACCGGAUGGGAAAUCCAUUGAGAUGAACGAGAAAACAUCAUCUGACUUUCUGUCAGCUGUAGAGGAGACUAAAGUUGAGUCAGAUUCUAUGCAAACUGAAGCUUUUGUUGAAGGAUUGGUUGGGAAAUCAAUUGAAGUUAAUGAGCGACCAUCGACCGUAGCUCCAGAGGAGACGAGAGAUGAGUCAGAAACUCUGCAAGCUGAAGCUGUAGGUGGAGGAUUGGUUGAUAAAUCGGUCGAAAUGAACGAGCAAACAUCAUAAACACCUCCAGAGUAUCAGAUAUUGUUGAUAUUUCAUUUCAGGUAUUCCAGCUUGUUUCCCUCUCUGGAAACUGCUUAACAGCAUGGCAAAUGCAUGUUGUAUAGAAGAUGGGAGCUAACCUUAAAAUGAAGAGGUUUCUUACUAUUGUGAAGGGUACUAGAUCAAACGUUCUUAUGCUUCCACUAUUUGUAUUCACUAGCUUCACAGUUCAGAUGAGAAACAACUUCUGUCCAGUCGCAGUUCCAAUAUCAGUUAGUUGCCAUGUAUUAAGUUGGUAUCGCCAAUUGAAUCUUUAGAUGUAAAACUACCUGUUGCUUGUAGAACUUUUAGACAUUGAUUUUGUGUUGUACAAUAUAUGGCGAGUAUCUCUUUUAAGCAAGUUCACUUGACGAACAGCCUUGAUCGGUUUA